UACAGACGUAAAGCCACUGAGUCUCUGGAUCCCGUGCUCUGGAUUAAAUUUUAAAAAUCGCUUAUUACAGAUAAAACACCUUUCCAGCAUCAGCAACAGCAGCUUGUGAGUGGUGGUAUCGGAUAUUCAAUUGCACAUCCCCACAUCAAUGCACUGCCAAUGAAAGCAGUGAUUAAAGCACUGAAGAACUUGGCUAAUGCAAAGAUCUGGGGAGACUGGAGUGAUACUUUGAAGGUUCCUAAAAUUAGAUCAUGGGACUGCAUUACAAAGCUAAGUAUUGCAUCUUUUUUUACAAAAUAAAGAUUGUAGCAACCUUGCAUUGAGCAUGUCUAUCAGCAUCAUUUUUCCCAAAGCACAUGCCUCUGUGUCACAUUUCAAUUAAGAUGCAAAAAAGAAGCACAUGGCAAAUUUCAGCACCCAGUCAUAAAAAUUCAUAGCAAAUGAAGAAUAGAACUUUCUCAAUCUGUUAAAAGGUGAUAGGAGCAGACUUAGGAGACCCGGAGGCUGACCAUACAGGUGAUAGGCACUGUGGAAAGGAAGAUAUGACUGCAAGAAGAGUGUUUGGAAAAAGAGAACUGAGAUGCAAGAUAUUGGAAUUGAGAUGGUGAUUAAUACGGGAACAGGGUUAUAUCCUGUGUUGUGACCUCAUGGUUUAAGUGGGAAUAAAGAUGAGUAUAAGCAGUGAUGAGGUCAACUUCUUGGUAUAUAGAUACUUGCAAGAGUCAGGAUUUUCUCAUUCAGCGUUUACCUUUGGUAUAGAAAGCCAUAUCAGUCAGUCAAAUAUAAAUGGUGCCCUCGUCCCACCUGCUGCAUUGAUUUCUAUCAUCCAGAAAGGUCUACAGUAUGUAGAAGCAGAAGUUAGUAUUAAUGAGGAUGGUACCUUGUUUGAUGGCCGACCAAUAGAAUCCCUGUCACUGAUAGAUGCCGUAAUGCCUGAUGUAGUACAAACAAGACAACAAGCUUAUAGAGAUAAACUUGCACAGCAACAGGCAGCAGCUGCUGCAGCUGCCGCAGCUGCAACAACCCAACAAGGAUCUGCAAAAAAUGGAGAAAACACAGCAAAUGGGGAGGAGAAUGGAGCACAUACUAUAGCAAAUAAUCAUACUGAUAUGAUGGAAGUGGAUGGGGAUGUUGAAAUCCCUCCUAAUAAAGCAGUGGUGUUACGGGGCCAUGAAUCUGAAGUUUUUAUCUGUGCCUGGAACCCUGUUAGUGAUCUCCUGGCAUCGGGGUCUGGAGAUUCAACAGCACGAAUAUGGAAUCUUAGUGAAAAUAGCACUAGUGGCUCCACACAGUUAGUACUUAGACAUUGUAUACGAGAAGGAGGGCAAGAUGUUCCAAGCAACAAGGAUGUAACAUCUCUAGAUUGGAAUAGUGAAGGUACACUUCUAGCAACUGGUUCAUAUGAUGGAUUUGCCAGAAUAUGGACUAAAGAUGGUAACCUUGCUAGCACCUUGGGGCAGCAUAAAGGCCCUAUAUUUGCAUUAAAAUGGAAUAAGAAAGGAAAUUUCAUCCUAAGUGCUGGAGUAGACAAGACUACGAUUAUUUGGGAUGCACAUACUGGUGAAGCAAAGCAACAGUUUCCUUUUCAUUCAGCACCAGCUUUGGAUGUUGAUUGGCAGAGCAACAACACCUUUGCUUCUUGUAGUACAGAUAUGUGCAUUCAUGUCUGUAAAUUAGGACAAGACAGACCUAUUAAAACAUUCCAGGGACACACGAAUGAAGUAAAUGCUAUCAAAUGGGACCCAACUGGCAAUCUCCUGGCCUCCUGCUCUGACGACAUGACUUUGAAGAUAUGGAGUAUGAAACAAGACAACUGUGUCCAUGAUUUGCAAGCACAUAAUAAAGAAAUUUAUACUAUCAAAUGGAGUCCAACAGGACCAGGAACAAAUAAUCCAAAUGCCAGCCUUAUGUUAGCAAGUGCAUCCUUCGAUUCUACUGUUAGAUUGUGGGAUGUAGACCGAGGGAUUUGCAUCCACACUCUGACAAAACACCAAGAGCCUGUGUACAGUGUAGCUUUCAGUCCUGAUGGGAGGUAUCUGGCAAGUGGUUCUUUUGACAAAUGUGUGCACAUCUGGAACACACAGACAGGUGCUCUAGUUCACAGCUAUAGGGGAACAGGUGGAAUUUUUGAAGUUUGCUGGAAUGCAGCAGGAGAUAAAGUUGGAGCCAGUGCAUCAGAUGGUUCAGUUUGUGUAUUAGACCUUCGGAAAUAGCGCUACUAGUUGGAAGCCAUGGACCGACUAUGAAUGUGUACAUAGCCAAAAUGACUGUCCCUGACCCACGUACUGCUAUAGUCCCACUUGAACCAUGGCCAGUCCACUACAGCCAAAUCUAAAAGAAAUAUAUACAUACAGUGUAUAUAAACAAAAUUGCACCCUGAAGAUGACAGAGUUUUGUCACAGCUUGUGAAUUCUGUUCACCAAGUGCUGGAAUCUAAUCUGCUGUGCCCCCAAAAUAGCAUUUAGAAGUUUUUGGAUAUGAAAAGCAGAAGAAAAAAAGAAAGAAAUAUACCUUAUAAAAGCAGACCAUACAUGUACCAGGUUUUGGAUACUAAUGACAGCCUUGUUUCUCCCCUUUGAAUCAGCAGACACCAUGGAUUAUAUUCUUUUUUCCCUUCAGUAGUCAAGCAGUUUGUACAGAGAAAAUGGACUUAACAAAAAACUUGCAGCAGUAGUUUGUUCUUGCUUUUAAACUUUGUUUUUGGUUUAGUUUAUGGAUGCAUGAAGCAAAGGAGUGAAUCAGUUUCUUGUUUAUAUUUUUUUCACCUUUUAAACAAACAAAAAAUUCUUAAAAAUAUUUUAAUGCAUUCUUUUGAAGAGGUAGAUGUUUGGUACAUUUUAUGGCUCCCAGAGCAUAUAUUCAAUUGGUGCAUGUUAUGGGAAGGGGGAAUUGGAAAUGACAUAAAAUUAUAUGUCUUGGGUCAUGUCAGCUUCUAAGACACAUCAGUAAAAGGGUAUUAUGCUCCAGUUUUUUGGUGAUGUGGCUGAAAUGCAAUAGUUUCUUUUCUGGGACAUAUUUCUGCCAAUUAAAGACUAGAGGGCACAAAAUAUUUUGUUCUUUUUUUUAAAUACCGUAGAGAAGAUGCAUAAAAAAAAAAAUCUUCUGAUGUUUUGUCGCCAUAACUAAAUUAUGGUUAAAAUGUGCACUAUUGUGAAAAGGAGCAAAGUUAGGUUUGGGGUUCUUUUUUUUUUUUUUUUUUUUUUUUUUCUUUCUCUCUUUUGUCAUUGUUUGUUUUGCUUUGUUUUUUUAAGAGAUUAAAAUGUUUCUGGAUAAGGAUUAGCUUCUCAAAGUGUCCAUCAUUAUGUGUAGAAGCUUAACUAUAUAAUGUAACCAAACUCCAGUAUUAAAAAUCUCUCGUUAUUUUUCUUUAUACAAAGCAAGAUAAUGGCGUGUGACACUGCCAUUACAUGGUAGAAUGUUUGCUACCUUAGCUUAAAAAACAAUCUUUAGAACAAAAGACUUGCUUCAAAAUGUAUUUAAAUAGCAGUGAUUCAAAAUUUAAAAAAAAAAAAAAAAAAAAGUAUAAUUGCACUAACCUCCCUGCUGCUCUGAUUCUGCAUUUGUGGUACUCGUGACUACAUUUUUUCAAAUAUAUAGAUGGAUAUAAGCUGCUAAUUUUUUUCCCAUUAAUCACUACUAUAUCAUGUCUUUUACUCUGUCUAUAAUAUUAAGUAUUUUCUCAGAAGAUAUUGGUAUCAAAUCAAACCUCCUCUUGUGUUCAUGCAACUAAAAUCUAAAAUACACAGAAUUUACAAAUGAUAGCAUGAGGCCAUGUUUAUAUGUGUGAUUAACAGGGUUUGUCAUGAUAAGCAUAACAAUCCAGGAGUGUCAGUUUUGAAGAGAAUAGUUUUCAAAUUCCUGUCUCAAAGAUUCUAAUUAAGGAAUUUCUUAUUAUUGAGCUUAGCAAAUUUAUAACACUAUUUCUGUUACUAAUUAUUUUUAGGCCUUUACUACUUAAAGUUUAACCUGUGUUCUAAGUUUUAAGUAGGAGCUGAUUUAACCCAAAUAAUACAAUUUUGAUUUUCAGCAUUUGUUGUUUGGCUAUUUUUAUAAAACAGCAUUGAUUGAAGCAAGUCUUCGUUUUACUAAGGUAGGGUAGCAUUUGCUAUUGGUAAAGAGAAUAAACACACUUAAUUUCACAACACAUUGUUAAAUGUACCCCAAUUGUUAGUGGGGUCUACGAUACUGUAAUAAUAAUUUUUCAAAUUUACAUCCAGAGAGGCAGUCAUUCAUGAUGGUUUUGUGCCAGCUGUUUUUAGGGUUUGGAACACAUUAUAAAUAUUUAGAACUAUUACCCUGUGACUUACGUAGGAAACCUAAUAUGCUGAGUAUCUGGCACUUGAAAUCCUGCUUUUGUUGCUGGAGGUCCACAUCUAUGGUUGACCUCUGUUAUUGUUUAAAAAAAUAAAUAAAAAUAAAAAAAUCUGUGCAAUAAUUUUUAAAUGUGCUCCCAGGAAUAGACACAAAUGUUUUGAAUAUGCUUAAGCUGCAUUUUCCUUUAGCGAUGCAUUUGUCAAUUGCACUGAAUUUAAAUCUGAAAGUCAGAGGUGAUUAUUGAUAGUACUUUUUUGUAUUUUGAUAUGGACAGUUUAUUCAUUUGCAUACAGUUAUUGACUUUUUUUUCCCCAGCUGAUUGAGAUAGUCAAGAAAUUCUGCAAUAUAGCUGCCAAAAUUGACAGCUACAUUUUUAUGGUAUUGUCAUCUUUUUCCUUCUUUCUUUUUUUAAUCUUUAACUAUUUUACUUAAGCAUAAUAGCCACAGUAGGACAUAUAAAAGAUUAUAAAUACAGAGCUUUAUUAUCCUGAAGUCUUGGGUCUUUUAAACAUAAACUUAUCUGAAGGGUAUCCAUUUUGUAGGCUUGGGUUCUUUAUGAGCAUACGAUUAUUUAUUUAUUUUUGCUGCUGUUCUCAACAUCAUCAUUGCCUGCUGAUGUGCCACGAUGCUGCUCCGAUAGGCAAAAAUAAAAUUGUCUCUAAUUUGAGCAGUAACAUGAUUGCAAGAGACCAAGUUUCACAGCCUAAGUUCUAUAAUUGAGGUUCUUGCUCAUUUUUUCUUCUAUUUUUUUCUAAGUACUUAUUCCUGAAUACAGUAGCUUUUCCUAUGAUUUUGUUGUAUAAGCUACUCUAAGAAACUUAUAAGAAUAGAAAAGAAAACUUGAAUGAAUGCUAAUUGAAUAAAUAGAAUCAAGUGCAGCUGUCAUUCUUAAACGUUAUAAAGAAAUAUAUUUGCACUUAUUCAUGCCGGAAAUCCCGUACGUUCUUAUAUGUGUUCCAAAUCCCCAUUUCCUAUUGUCGAUCUUAUAUUUGUUCCAGUCCCCAUUUCCUACUGUUCACCAGGUUACCAUCAUUGGAUUUCAAAUGACUUUUAAAAGUGGUAACUUAGUUUCCUAAUAGUCUUAGAAUGUAUCUAAUUCUGCUUUAAUUAUUCCUUAGAAAAGUAUGUUUUAGGAUUAUACACCUUUUACAGAUACUGAAAGUGCCUCCUUUUGUGGUGUAAAAAUCAAAUUAUGGUGCAAAAAGUAAUCAGUAGAUGGAAUUACAUGAAGGUUUUUUUGCUUUUUGACAUAAAAAAGUGUCAAAAGAAAGGCCAAAGAUUUGUACUUUUUCACUUAUAAAGCACUCCUUUUUCCUUAAGCUUUUCUGUCUAAUUAGAUUUAAUGAGAUAGUGGUAUUUUUAAGGCGCUAUCUGUUUAUGCAGAAUGGUUUUGAUGAGAGUAAUUUAAACUAUUGUUGACUACAAGCCUGAAGAGGAGUAUGUGUUUUUGCUAAAGGGAUCACAAAUGACCAUCCUUCCAUGAGCAAAAAUGACAUGGUUUACUAGAUAAGCAGAAUAGAUCUCAAAUACACUGCUAUUGACUCUUUUCAGAAAAAUUUUCAGUUUCUAGUUCAUUGCUACAGAACCUGUGUUUAUUCUUGCAUGCUGAGGAUGGUACUUGCAUAUGGUGAAUUACUGUUGACAGUUUCCACAGAUACCUAUUUUCGGUGGACCAACAUUGUGGCAUGGCAGCAAAUGCCAACUUACUGGGGAACAGCAGCAAAUCUACAAGAGAACCUGUGUUUUGUUUUGUUUCGUUUCCUUUCCUGAAUCAGCAGGGAUGGAACGAGGGUAGGGAAGUUAUGAAUUAUUCCUCCCUCUAGUACUAGUAGCUCUGAAGUGUCACAUUCAAUAUCAAUUUUUUUUUUUAAACAUCACUCUAGUUAAAUGUAGACAAGAGGGAAAAGAAGAGGAAGUGUUCACUUUUUUAAUACACUGAUGUAGAAAUUUAAUGUCUUAUAUCAGUAGUUUGAGGUAUUAAUAGCAUUCUUUAUUUCUGCUUUUAUGUUGACAGUGUUGAAGCAGGGUGAAUAGCUAGGACAUACGUUUUCCUAGUAAACUGUUUCAUGAUUUUUUUUUUUUUUUUAAUUUUCUGGAUAAGUUCAGGAAAACAUUCUGCAUGUUGUAUUUAGUCUGAUGUACUUUUCCAUCUCAUUAAAAACAAAAACACAUAGACUGCAUUUUGUAGCGCUGUAAUCCCUGAAUACAGAAUUAAUUUUCUUCUUUCCUGACUUUGACUUUGUAGCUCUAAUGUUUUCAUUUUGAUUUUUACAAAUCCUUUGGGUCUAAUUCUGUGAGCCUACCUAUAGCACUGGAUUAAAAUGUCUGCAUCAUUUCUUUAGUUAUCCAGUUAACUUUAAAACUGUUGUAAAAGUGUAAACCAGCCCAUGACAGUUUCUUGUACGUUAGAGAACUUCUAUUGUUCAGUUUUCAUGAUUAUUGUGUAAGGAAGACCGAUAUAGAUGCUGUCCUGGACCAUGUUAAUUACACUUAUGAUGUAUUUUGGUUCCACAUCACAAUGAUUUGUUUCCAAUGACCCUUUUAUCCUUCUUAGGCACAUUUUUUUUUGUUGUUGUUGUUGCAGUUUCCCUUUCCAUUGUAUUGCUUUGACAACUGUAAUUUGAAUCAGAUCUGAAAGAGGUCCAGAAUAAAAUAUAUUUUGAUAUUA